AUGAUCAUUGAUAUGCAAAUCAAGGACUUUAUUGCUCAUACGCGUACUGCUCAGAAGUUCCGAAGCAUUGAGCAGUCUCGGGAUACGGACUCAUACUGUUAUUUCAGACUCCCGAUUGAAGCAGCAGUCACUUCGUUCAAGCUUGAGACCGGAGACAACUACGCUAUCGAGGAUGAGACGAGACCAUCGAAGCAGGCCCGAAAGUUGUACAACAAAGCUAUGCGCAGCAAGACGCCUGCUGCCAUACUCAAAGAGGUGGAGCUAGGCAUCUAUCAGGCAAAUCUCGGUCGUAUACCACCUGAUGUCCAAGUAACGAUCGUGGUCAAAUAUGCGGAGCGCAUAGCGUCGAACGCCAGAGGCCGGUCAUUCGACUUGUCAAGCCUUAUCACGAGCGCCGAGCGCCUCGGCCAAAUGUAUUCGGUAUGCAAUCAGUGGAUCAGCAAAGUUGCGGCGGACUCGAUCAGUGAAAGCGACGAUGAUGUUGAUUUCAACGGGCCUCGGCCGUACGACGACCAAUUAUCCAGGCUUACUCUUCCAACCCACUUGUUCCCCCCCGAGAAACCUGCCGUGAACUGGACGCCUCAGGCUUCUCAGAAGCCUAGUGAGCCGAAAGUCAAGCCACGCUAUUAUGGGGGAUGUCUCGCCGAGGACCUCUCCCAUGUAGAGGUCAACCCCUGCGCAAGUGCUGAGCCGAGCUACCCGGCGAUGGACCAGAAGCCUUCGCGCGAGGCCAAUACCACUGAUGCACCACCCAAUCGACACAACGAGUACUUCGUUCCUCGUGAUGGUAUUGAUCGCGAGGUCAUCACGGCAGACAUUACUCGAUAUCUCGGCAACGAUGCCUUAGUGAGGCCAAGGACGUAUGAAAACAAGAAGGAUGGUCGCGCCAUGCAAGGCUACUUCAUCACGGCCUACAGAGACCUCACCUCUGCCAUGAUAGCCGACCUCAAAGCAGAUUCCGCCCGCUGGGAACAGGAGAGACGCAACUAUAAUUCACGAACUCAAUACUAUGCCGAUGCCUUCUUCGCCGCCCAGCGAAAAGAGAGCUUUGGCCCAAGCCAACAAGCACCUGGUAGCCAGGACUCCCACGAAGCGCAACGAAUAUGGCCCCAGAUAGCAGCAUCGCUGUCUGCCGAUGGGACGUACGCCCUGUCCGCUGAUCUCCGAAACCGUGUAGCAGCCAAUUUCACACAUGGGACACGGGAAUGGCUCGCCGCCCGCAUCGCAGCGAUUUUCCCCGUCGAAGGCAACUCGCUCGCAUCGGAGGCUGCGGCUGAGACCAUGCUUGUCCUGGCUUUUGUGAAGAUCUGCAUUCCUUCGCGCUACGAGGAGGUGGAACAGGGUGUCGGUUUGAUCUUGAACAGUCAGGAGGACCAGCGGAAAAUCUCCGAAGACCUUGUGCUGCGUGUGCGCGAGCGCGGUCGUGACUAUAGACUACGCAGAAGGUAG